AUGUUUGAUAUGUGCUUUUAUAAAAUUAAACAAAUUUUAAAAGUUAAAAUAAUUUUUUUUAUAAAUCUUGCUAAAUUUUACAAAGAAAAAUCAAUAAUUAAGCUUAAUUUUAGCAUUUACAUUUUUUAAAAUUAUUAAAUUAAAUUCAUAUAUUUCUAACUUUUUCAAAUACUUGAUUCUAAAAAUUAAUUAAUUUUGCCUUUGAAAUUAAUUAAUUAAAUUAUUUCAAAAAAACAAACUUCCAAAAAUAUCCAUAAAAUUUAAUUUAAAAUAAAUAUUUUAUUAAAAAGAUUUUAAUUUCUGUCAUCUAUCUCUCAGCUAAUACCAACAUUUUAGCUUACAUUUUCACAAGAAAAAAACCUUAAAAUUGAUUAAAAAACAAGUUUUUAAAGUUUUCAAAUUGUUAUAAACAUUAAUUAGCUAAUAAGCAUGAUUUUCAAGUUGAGAAUCUUUAUAGGAAGGAUGGUGACCUUUAUUUCUUCUAAAUUAAGUAAGUAAGCUCUUAUAAUGAUAAAGUAAACAAAUCUCCUAAAUCUUCAAUUCCUAGUGAUAAUUAUCUCAAUGCAUCAUUUUUUCAAAUAAAAAUUGUUUUAAAGCAAAGUAAAUAGUUUUUUUAUUAAACUCAAAUAAGUAAAAUUGAUCAAUCUUAUGAGCUCAAAAGACGACAGAUUCUUAUUCUAUAUUGAAUUAUCUAACAUUGUUAAAUAAAAAAUCAAUUAUUACCUUAAGUUGAGCUACAGAGAUGAAAACUUUAACACUUUCUAGUUUUUUUACAGUUUUCAUAAUCUUUUAUCAUAAAAACUUUAAUUAAAUAUUUAUCAUCUUCUGAUUUAAUAAAUAAAUGAAUUUUAUUUUAAAAGUAUAGAAAAUAAUUUAUAUUUUUGUCUAAUAAAAUUAGAAAUAAUAUUUAUUAGAGGUAUUUGA